CCCAAACUGACAGCAAGGCCCAACCGGACCAGACCGCGGCCUCAAAGCCCAACCACACCGGUUAGCCCUAGCCUACCCAACCACUCGCGCCCCUAUCUAAGCAAGCACCCAUCACAUCCGUGCGCUCCCAACCUCGCCGCCGCCGCCGCCGCCGCCGACCCAGCCGGAUUUGGAAAGAUGCUGACAGUUGAUAGAGGUGGUGACGACCUCGCAAGGAGCUCGAAUGAGGAGCAAAGGACUAGCAAGGGUGGUGGAGAGAUGAUUGGUUAUCUUCGCACAAGGUUGCAUGAGAAGCGAAGGACUAGGAAGCGUGGGGGAGAAACAAUUGGUUAUCAUCUCACAAGGUCAGAUAAGAAGCAAAAGACUUGCGAGGGUGCAGGAGAGACAAUUGGUUCAUUGACUUCUGGUCGGUUGCGUUUGGAUACUACUCUUGCUGGGCUACUUGGCGGCUCUAGUGGUUCUGAUCAAGAUGUCUGUGAUUGGCUUAGUGAAGAAGUUGCGUUAAAAAUGGCCCGAAGUGUCGUCUCGCUUAUCUUGUUUGAUGGAUCCAUUAAUAUAUUAGCAUGCUCAGGCAUCCCUAUAGAAAGCAAAAAACCUGUUACAAGAUUAUUGACUUCAGGAAGUUUGGGUAGAAUUUUUGUAGAAAAACGAAAUUCUGGUUGUGACAUGAAGAUUCAAGUGCGCGAUGCAUCCAAUAAUGUUGCCACAGGGUGGUUGGAACAGCACUUCUUGAAUCAUGGAUUUACUCUUGUCAACGUCAAACAACCCCUUGAUGUUCGUGCAGUACAUCUUGAUCAUGAGGUGGAAAUUCUACCUGACAGUAACCUGGUAGGCAUAGAGCUUAUUGAUUCUGCCGGACCAACGGCCAUAAGAGGGAUCCUGACUAAAGAUUCAAGCGCUUCUGAAGAUGGCCUAGAGCUUUCAUACUCCACUUGUAAAAUCUCUAAGGUUGGCGAUGGUGGACCACUUUUUGACGGUGAUGGGAACUUUGUUGGCAUGAACCUGUUUUUGGAUGCUGGAAGAGGUGCUUUCAUGCAAAGGAGUGUAAUUGUUGAAAAAUUGGAGCAAUUUGAGAAAAGAAUUGAAUUGCUUGCAUGCAGAAGGUUUCGGUCUAGAAGAAUACGCGCACCUGGGCCUCUGAAACAAAACGGAAAACACUAUACCUCCUACCCAGAAGGAAAUGAACUUACAAACCAGGAUCUGUUGGAGGAGGAUCUAAACUCCUUGGGUUAUCCCAAGUCAGUGGAUUGUGGCAUGGUUUUGGUUAAUACUUUUGAAGACACUUUUGGUGACUCAUAUGAUUCUGGUGAAGGUGUCUGGGGUAUACUCAGUGAAACAGUUUCAAAAGAUUUGUCUCAGAGUGUUGUCUCCCUUGCUUCAUACAAAGGAGAAAUGAGGUCUUUUGCUUGUUCAGGCAUAGUUACAGAAUGGAAUGGAUGCACCACUAUUCUGACUUCGGCAAGCUUGGUUAGAGAUCGUCUUGAUGAAGACAAGAUCGAUAAAAACCUCAGGAUUGACGUGUUGCUUACAAACAAACAACGCACUGAAGGGACAUUGCAACAUUACAACUUGCACUAUAAUAUAGCUAUUGUCAGUUUCAAGGGUUCCUGUGCUCUUUCUACAGCAAAUAUUUAUGAUCGGGCACUUAAUACUACCCAAGUGGUAGCUGUAGGGCGUUGCUUUGAAUCAGGCACGUUAAUGGCCACGAGAGGGAAACUGACAAGGUGGCAAAAGCACUGGCGGAGCAGAUUUGAUUGCAAUGUUAUCCAAUACUCCACUUGUGAAAUCACUAAGGCUGGGAUUGGAGGACCUGUUGUUGAUUUUGAAGGAAAAUUUGUUGGCAUGAACUUCUAUGAUGAGAAAGAAGGGACCCCGUUCCUACCACAAGCUAUGAUUCUCCUAGUCCUGGCACAUUUCGAGAAGAGAAGGAUUGUUGCUGAAGCUGACGAUGAUGGUUACACGAAUAGAUGGCCAGUGCCUAAGCCAUUUUGGCGUCAUCCCGAUCAUCAGCGGAAUGAGGACAAAUAAUAGGGGGUGAUUCAUGUACCCGGGAGCUCAUCCGUAUACAGGACACGGACACCUCUUUGGGGAGCUGAUCAGUUUACAUUAGAUAUCAUUGCAUCCUUGAACUGUUAUGCUCACUCAGUCUGUCAAUUGCCUUGCAAGUGGUGAACCUUUUUCUUCUCCCGAACAGUAGUGAACCUUUUGUUUCUGCUCAUUAUAUGUGCAAAGGGUAAAACAAAUUGUAAUUGGUUGGACAAUGGUUGCACAAUCCAAUCGGAUGUUGCUGUAAUUGGAGUCCCAUGUAGUGUAACCAAGGUUUUUAAGGCGUAGCCUAGUAAUUUGGUUGGACAAUGGUUGCACAAUCCAAUCGGAUGUUGCUGUAAUUGGAGUCCCAUCUAGUGUAACCAAGAUUUUUAAGGCAACGCCUAGGUGACAAGGCGUGUUUGCGUC